UGCCUGAUCCCUUCUAAGAGACGAGUUCAACUUGGAUUUAAAAUAAUCCCUGUUGUAAACAUUUUGAGUUACAAGGAAGAAGAUAUCUGUCCAAAGGUGGGGUCUGAAAAAGCUUCCCUUAUUUUCAUUUUUUGAAAGCAUGAAUAUUCAUGCAGGUCAUUCUUCUAUCAGCAGAUGAGUGCUGUAAACUGAAUGCCAAAAUAAAUAUUUUACACUACCAGUAAGCAGUGGGGAAGUCAGUGCUUUAUUGUCUAAACAUGAGAUAACAGUUAUUAGAAUAACCAUGUAUAGUAGAGACAUCCUCAACAAAUAUACAGAUGACCAGAGAAGGAUCUGCAGUAGCACUAAUUUUUGUGCAAAAGUGACUCAUAAGAGAUGGCAUUUCGGAGUGAGAGUUCAAAUCAUGUCAAAUUGCAGCAUUGAUAAAGCAGAAGCCACCUUUAAGGGCAAAUAUGACUCAACAUGUUCCUCGUUGCACAGGAAGUCUUUAAAAGGAUGGAUUACAAAAGAGUAAGAGUGGGAAAAAGGGGUGGGAGGCCUGCAAACACAUUUCUUAGGAAAACUGUUCACUUUAACUGAGAGAGUAUAAAAGGAAGGUGCAGAAAACAUGGGUCUCACAGUAUUGCACAUUCAGCAUAGGAGGAUUCUUCAAAUCUGAGUAGAAGACUGCAAAAACGAAAGGCUUUGCUUCAGUUUGUGAGACAAGGAUUCUGCAUCAUUUAAGACGAGGAUGAAUACUUCAAUCCAGUGCAUCAUUAUCCUAGCCUGCUGUAUCACUUACACUUCAAUGGCUAUUUUGCGGUGCAGGUGUGUAAAAACAAGCAAGUAUGUUAAUCCCUCUCUCAUCGCUGAUGUCAAGGAGAAUCAGCCUUGUCCAUACUGCAACAAAAAAGAAGUCAUUGCCAUACUGAAAGAUAAGAGCUCACGGUGUCUUGACCCCAGUUCAGCCUUCACCCAAAAAGUCCUGCAGAUAAUACAAAUGCAGAGGGCGGUCCAUGCUGCUAAGAGGAACAUCACCAGCCCCAAAACAACCACAGCAUAGAUUUGAUCCAUGGUUAAUAUGUUUGUUUUUUAACUGUGAUUGUAUUGUAUGUAUCCACAAUGGUGUGAUUUUAUUGAC